GUCAGAUCCCAUGAUAUUUAAUUAUUUUAUUUAACGACGUGGUCUCUCAGUUUCACUUUCCGUACUCGCCGUCAAUUCUCCAUCAACGGAGCUCAGAGAGAGAGACUACGCUCUCAAACCCUCCUCUCAAUUUUGCCUCAAAUCCCAAUUCAAUCCGAUCAACCGAUUUCCUUGCUCUUUUGUUCAAAGAAAAUCUAGCACAAUCUUCUUAAAUUUUCUCUAGAAUCUAGCUCUCCCAUCAAAAUUCUCUCCAUAAUUGGACAGUUGUAUAUAUAGACGAAUCUCUAUAUAUGGAUCGGAGAAGAACUGAGAGUCCGGUGUACUCUAGGCAGUGGAGUGGAGGUUCGAGCAGCACAGGCUCAUCGUCUCCGGCGAGGUCGCCGGCUCAUCCUCACUCGCGGUUACCGCCGUCGAGCGGGUUCUCUACAAUCAAGAGGACUCAAAACGUAGCCGCUAAAGCAGCUGCGCAGCGUUUGGCACUGGUUAUGGCGUCACAGACGACCGACGAUGACGAAGAAGAUGAUGAUCCAGGGUUUCGGUUCCCGGCUCCGCCACCUUCUUCGUUUUCUAGAAACGUGAAUAGCAAUGCUAAGAAUGGUUUGCCUGCUGUUUCGCUUGCUAGACCUAACAGAUCUCCGUCACCUGCGUUAGGUCGGAAUUUUAUGGAUCACACUCCUUCAGUUCGUUCCACAUCAGCUGGAAGACCAUCGACAAUGUCUGUUCGCUCAACGCCAGUAGUGCCACCUAGUAGUAAACCAUCAUUGAGAACUGUGGUUUCCAUAGAUUCUCCUAGUAGCAGACUCAGAGAAAAGAGGUUUACAGUAGAUAUGGGACAUUUUGACUUGAAAGAUACAGGAAAUCAGCAUGAGGCUUCUGCACUUCGUGAUGAGCUUGAUAUGCUACAAGAAGAGAACGAGAAUAUCUUAGACAAGCUUCGUCGUGCAGAAGAAAAACGUGAAGAAGCAGAAGCCAGGGCCAAUGAGCUAGAGAAACAGGUUGCUUCUCUUGGAGAAGGUGUAUCCCUGGAAGCUAAAUUGUUGAGCAGGAAGGAAGCAGCAUUGCGUCAAAGAGAGGCUGCUCUUAAAGCUGCAACGCAAACGAAGGAUGGGAGAAGAGAUGAGGAGGUUGCUGCCCUUCAUGCAGAAGCUGAGAAUUUAAAAGAUGAGACUGCAAAUGCCAUAGAACAGCUUCGGGAAGCUGAAUCUGAAGCAAAGGCGCUCCGUACCAUGACCCAGAGAAUGAUUUUGACUCAUGAAGAGAUGGAGGAGGUUGUUCUGAAGAGGUGUUGGCUUGCUCGCUACUGGGCCUUAGCUGUGCAACAUGGAAUCUGUGCGGACAUAGCAGUCUCAAAACAGAAGCAUUGGUCAUCUUUAGCACCUCUUCCGUUUGAAAUUGUCAUUUCUGCUGGGCAAAAGGUCAAGGAGGAGUCUUGGAAUGGUGGCAAUGAUUCAGAUAAAAGGGGCAAACUUGUUCGCGAUUUGAAUGAUUUAACUGGGGAAGGAAACAUUGAGAGCAUGCUUUCAGUUGAAAUGGGGUUAAAGGAAUUGGCUUCCUUGAAGAUUGAGGAUGCUGUUGCAAUCGCACUGGCACGACACCGACGGAUGAAUUUAAUUCGGCAAUCCUUUUCUGAUUCCAAAUCAUCGGGUGAUCCCAAGUUUAUGGAGGCAUUUGAAUUAAGUCAAGAAGAGUCAGAAGAUGUUCUUUUCAAGGAGGCUUGGCUAACAUAUUUUUGGAGAAGAGCCAAAGUAUAUGGUGUAGAAGAGGAUAUUGCCGAAGAAAGGCUUCAAUUUUGGAUAAGCCGUAGUGGGCAGUCACCAACAUCACAUGAUGCUGUCAAUGCUGAACGAGGUUUGACGGAGCUAAGGAAGUUGGGUAUAGAGCAGCAACUGUGGGAAGCAUCGCGCAAGGAAAUUGACCAGCCCUCUUCAUCUCCCGUUGCUAGUCAGAAACUCGCUGCAGAAUCAGAGACGACUUCGUGAUGGAUGUUGCCAUGAUACAUUGGUUCUCAUCAUAAUUUGUUUUUCUAUUUGAUAUUUAGACUUUCUUACGGAUAUUAAAUUUCGUCCAUGUGGCUAUGAUGUUUGAUAUUUGUUCUUUUUGAUUCCUUAUAAAAGAAGUAGAAUGAUUGUACAAGGAGUUUGAGGGGAAAUGUGAAUAAGUUUUUGUAAAAUAGAUUCGAUGUUAUUAACCAACUGGCAAGUUUUGUAAUUAAAAUCGAUUCAAUUC